CCACCCCUAAUCGAAAGCCACCUGAUUGAGCGAAACUGACUGGCAAAACUUAAAACAUAAAUAAACUUUUUAAUAGUGCGGCCAAGACAUAAACAGCAUUGUUGCGAUUUCGUUGGGGACGCGGCCGCAACAACUCCGCUCCAGUGCAACAACAACGCAGCACGCGGAGAUCAGCAGAAGUGCAGGCAAAUUGGGAAAUCCCCGGAAAAUCGAACGAAAUGAAGAGCAACGUUAACCAGGGCGGUUACGCCCCACCCGGUUUUGGAUCCGGAUACCAGCCAAAUGCUCCGCCUGCCGAGGGAUUCGGCUACCCACCGACCCCCAGUGGCGUCCACUCGGUUCCCUACCCUCCCCAGAACCCCGGUCAACAGCAGCCGCCGCCGCCCGUGAAUUACGGCUUUUCGCCGGGUCCCCAGCAAGCCGGAUACGCUCCAGUUCCCCAGAUGCCGCCGUACGGAGACGCCCCGCCCUAUGGAGCCGGACAACCGCCCUAUGUGGGCGGCGGAGGUGGUCAACCACCCUACGUGGGUGGCGGGGGAGGACAACCACCUUAUGCCGGCGGAGGCCCACCGCCCCAGGCCUUCGGCGGAUAUUCCCCCGGACCAGCAGGCCCUCCACACGCAUUCGGAGGCUAUCCACCGGGACAGCCCCAUCAGCCCAUUGUCACGCAACCGGGAAUGGGACCAGGAAUGGGUCCAGGAAUGGGUCCAGGAAUGCAACCUGGAGUGGCACCUGGCGGACCAGCAGGAGACUGGAUGAGUAUACCUACCGGAAUUCCGAACUGUCCGCGCGGAUUGGAGUACCUUACGACUAUCGACCAGCUUUUAGUUAAGCAGAAGGUCGAGCUGCUCGAGGCCUUCACCGGUUUCGAGACCAACAACAAGUUCUCGAUCAAGAACGCCCUGGGCCAGAAGGUCUAUUUCGCGGCGGAGGACAACGAUUGCUGCACGCGCAACUGUUGCGGUCCGGCGCGUCCCUUCGACAUGCGGGUCUUCGACAAUUUCCAGCAGGAGGUGAUCCACAUGCACCGGCCGCUGGCCUGCUCCUCCUGUCUGUUCCCCUGCUGCCUGCAGAGCAUCGAGGUCUCGGCACCGCCCGGCAACGUCAUCGGCACCAUCGAGCAGGAGUGGUCCAUCUGUUCGCCCUCGUUCCGGAUCCUCAAUCACCUUGGCGACACGGUGAUGCGCAUCGAGGGACCCUUCUGCACCUUUUCGCUCUGCGGCGACGUUGAGUUCAAUGUUGUGUCGCUCACCGGCGAGAAGGUCGGCAAGAUCUCGAAGCAGUGGUCGGGCCUGGCACGUGAGAUUUUCACGGAUGCGGACUUCUUCGGCAUUAGUUUCCCGCUGGACUUGGACGUGCGCAUGAAGGCCGUAUUGCUGGGGGCCACAUUCCUCAUCGAUGCCAUGUUCUUUGAGAAGUCUGCCAACCAGGAAACCGAUAGACCCGGAAUGCUCUAGGAACCAUGUGGUGGCUUGUUCUGCGACUGUUUAUGCGAGGCGGCUGGUUGUCUUAGCGAAGUUGCCGAAUGCUGCACCGACGAUUAAAUGUUGUAUACUAUCUUUGAGUUGCCGCUUUAUCCAAAUUUCUUCCCUGUGAACUGUCGCGAACUAGUCUUCUGUACCAAAUGCUUCGUUGAUUUUUGAUAGACAAACUGAUAAUCAAACCUAUUCAACUCAGGCUCCCUUCAACGGGACAUCGCCAGUAUAUGAAACUAAUGUUAAGUUAUGAAGCAUUUUUGCUAUUUCGCCUCAUCAUCGAAUUAUAUUUAUCGACAAAUCUGCUUCAUUUAUGAAUUUACACCGAUGCACACUGAAGCAAGAACUAACUAACGAAUGGCUCGUUAUAAAACCAUGUACUUUAAACUGUAUUUUGAGUGUCUUAGGUAUAGACAAUAUAUUAUAUAUACCAAUGUUUACUGCUAAGCUGUCAGGAAGUUUAUAUUUACCCUUAUUGAUAACACAGAUAAAAACCAAAUCCAUGUUUUCUUUCUAUUUAUAUGGUCUAAUAAAUCAUUAAUAAUAAA